GAAGUACCUACCUACCUACGUACCUUACAUACCUACCUAUAUCUCAUUGCCUGUCCGCUAGCAUCUCGCAUCGUUUGUGACCGGCAGGCUGCAACUGAGCAUCGAUGGGGUCACAACACAAAAGCAACAAACAGUCUUCGAUGCCUGAGCAUGCCGUCGAUCCACUUGUCUUCGCCUUCCACCGGACACGUGAUGCGGCAUCACUUACUACUGCGGAUCUGGCUUUGUGCCCGAGUUUUGGUCGAGAGUGGUGAUAAAUCCGCAGCUGACCGUGAACAUGAUCAUUGA